CAGCACCGCAGCCUCCGCCCCCGGCCCCGCCCGCACCCCCUGGCCGCUCCAAGAUGGCGGCGGCGCGGUGCGAGAGGCCCCGCCAGCGGCUCGGGUGACAGCGCCAAGAUGGCGGCGGUGCGGGACGGGGAGUUCGCCGCCCUCCACAGCCUGCUGAAGGCUCCCUCGAAGGAGGCGGUGCGGCAGCUGUGCCGGGAGUGUUUCUCCAGCCAGCCCGGAGACCUCGGCCCCCUGACGCUGCGCCUCUGCCCCGGCCUCGCCGCCGGCCCCGAGGAAGCGGAGAAGCUGGGAGCAGCUCUGCACAGCCUCACCAGGCACGUUGUGUACCGUGGCUUCACAAGGGCAGAAGAUAUCCUUGCUCUCUUUCCAGAAAACUUCCACCAAAAUCUGAAAAACCUUCUGACCAAGAUAAUCUUGGAGAAUAUCUCUGCUUGGAGAAAUGAAGCACAAGCAAGUCAGAUCUCCCUGCCUCGCCUGGUUGACAUGGACUGGAGGGUGGAUAUCAAGACAUCUUCAGACAGCAUAAGCAAAAUAGCAGUCCCUACUUGCCUUCUUCAGUUACAGAUCCAGGAAGAUGUUGCCUUAUGUGGAAACAGCCCUGUUGUUUCUGCACUGACUGUGGAACUGAGCAAAGAAACCCUGGACACAAUGUUAGAAGGGCUGGGAAGGAUCAGGGACCAACUCUCUGCUGUUGCAAACAAAUGAAUACUCAAGGGUAGAAGUUCCAGCAGCAAGGAAUGAAGUACUCACUACUUAACAGCUCUCAGAAGUUGCAGCCUAGUGUAACAUUUUUUUCUUUUUUUACAAAAUAAAAUUUUUCCCAGUCUGGAUGUGAGUUUUCAGCUGACUGCUUCUCACCCCUACCCAAGGCACCCCCUUUCCCUGUGGCUCUGUGCUCUCAGCAGCAGUGUUUGUGAUCCCUGUGCCCCACUCUCCUCCUGGGUCCUGCAGAUGCUGCUCCUUGUGAUCCAGGGCAGGGAUCAAAUGCCCUUGGAGGCCAGGAAGAAACAUUCCUGAAAACUGCUCCUAUCCUAGCCUGGCUCUUCAGGAAGGCCACAGAAAUGCUUGCCUCAGCAAGAUGAGCUGAAAUAAGUCCCUCCUAUGACAGGGAGAAAUCAUGAAUUAAAGCAAUUUUCGUUUGUAU